UUUGCUGCAGCUCGCCGGCCUUUGACAAACUUGCUCGCCUCUCGUGUUUAUUCCGCUCGGAGAGGAGGAAGAGAUAAAGAGGAAGAAGCUUCGCCGGGGCGCGCGCACUCCUUCUCUAUUUCUCAUGCGGCUUUGAGAGCGGAGGACGCCCCCCUCCCUGCACCUGCUCUGCCUCGUCUUCUCGCAGGAGUUGAAGUGUCUCACAGUGCAGGCGUCGCUCCUCAUUGUUGUUCGACGUUGUUUUGAGCAUGACUACGACGUACAAUCUGGAUUUCCUCCCGCUUACCGAAAGUCGGCUCUUGACUUCGAGCGACACAAUCAACGGCAACAGCAACAAGAUGAAUGGGUCACUGGAGCAUAUGGACCAGCCGGACCCAGAUGCGAUCAAGAUGUUUGUGGGACAAAUUCCACGCUCCUGGACAGAAACUGAGUUAAAAGAGCUUUUUGAACCCUUUGGAGCAGUGUACCAGAUCAACAUUCUACGUGAUCGCGCCCAGAAUCCUCCUCAGAGCAAAGGAUGCUGUUUUGUAACUUUUUAUACAAGAAAAGCUGCACUGGAGGCCCAGAAUGCACUGCACAACAUAAAGACCUUAAGUGGGAUGCAUCACCCUAUUCAGAUGAAACCUGCUGAUAGUGAGAAAACAACUGCGGUGGAAGACAGAAAACUCUUUAUUGGAAUGGUCUCAAAGAAGUACGGCGAGAACGAGGUCAGAAUGAUGUUCUCGUCCUUUGGACAGAUCGAAGAGUGCCGAAUUCUCCGGGGGCCAGACGGUCAGAGCAGAGGCUGUGCGUUUGUCACAUUUGCUACCAGAGCAAUGGCACAGAAUGCAAUCAAAACCAUGCAUCACUCUCAAACUAUGGAGGGUUGUUCCUCCCCUUUGGUAGUGAAGUUUGCCGACACACAGAGGGAUAAGGAGCAGCGGCGCUUGCAGCAGCAGCUGGUGCAACAGAUUCAGCAGCUUAACAAUGCCUCAACAUGGGGAAACCUGGCUGGGCUGGGGACACUCACGCCACAGUAUCUGGCUUUGCUCCAACAGGCUACUUCCACCAGUAACCAAGGCAGUUUCAAUAGCAUACAGAGGCUAGGAGCGGGUGUGAAUCCUCUUCAGCUGCAGAACUUGGCGACGCUGGCUGCAGCUGCAGCUGCAGCCCAGAGUUCUGCCAGCCCAGCAUCAACCAGUGCACUCUCUACAAACAGUGGAGCCCUCGGGGCUUUGGCCAGUCCAGCUGGCUCAACAGCAGGGACCAGCGCUGCCAUGAACACUCUGGCAUCUCUCGGUACACUACAGGGUCUAACUGGGAACUCUGUGGGCCUCAACAACCUUAAUGCUCUAACCAGCAGCGUCAGUGGUAUGGGGGCUAUGAAUGGUGGCUUGGGAGCCUCAAUGGCUAACGGGUCAGCUGCCAGCUCCAUGGACGCUCUGACGCAGGCCUACUCAGGGAUGCAGCAGUACACAGCCUCUGCCCUGCCCUCACUUUACAGCCAGACUCUCAUACAGCAGAGCAUAGCUGGCAGCCAGAAAGAAGGGCCAGAGGGCGCCAAUCUUUUCAUCUACCACCUGCCGCAGGAGUUCGGGGACCAAGACCUUCUGCAGAUGUUCAUGCCUUUUGGAAAUGUGGUCUCUGCCAAAGUCUUCAUUGACAAACAGACCAAUCUGAGCAAGUGCUUUGGGUUCGUCAGCUACGACAAUCCUGUGUCUGCGCAGGCUGCCAUCCAGGCCAUGAAUGGUUUCCAGAUCGGCAUGAAGAGGUUGAAGGUUCAGCUGAAACGCUCCAAGAACGACAGCAAACCCUACUGAUCCUCACCAGGGGUCUCCCCCUUCCCAGCUCUAAUGCUAGCACUGCUAGGGUAAGUUCACCCUCCAGCCAAGGUCACCACAGCAGAGACUAAGCGGGGUAAAGGAAAACAGCACACCCCAGGAGGGACACUUACCCUUUUCCACACACACAAAAAAAAUGAAUUAAAUUAAAAAAAGAGGUGAAAAAAGUUUGCAAUGAUCCUUCUGCAUUUUGCUGUAUUUCAUUCCUGCAGUUUUGUCAUGUACUUUGAGUCUGAGAAAAUAUUUUAAUGUAUAUGAUUAUUUAUGACUAUCACUGGAGUCAGUGUUCGCUGAAGGUAUUGGUGUCUUGUAUUUAGUAGAGAACAUCCGGUUUGCCGCCUCAUUGCCUUCAGGUCAAACGAGACAGGUUGAUUUAGCAUCAGUUGUAUUUAAAGGUCUAAAGCGGCGUUGACCCCGAAGCCCAGAGCUUCAACCUGCAUUUGGCUUUUUACGUUGUCCGUCAUUUGUUGAUCGUUAAUGUGAAAAUGCUGCAGUCUUGGUGUGUUCAGUCUUUCAUCGCCUUACCUCUCCUCUGCCCCCCCCUCCCCCACCGCUCACUCUAUUAUCCCAGUUGUGUUGAGCUAGGCUGCCUCCCUUCCUCUGUUAACAUCCAGUCAUUCCAUCCAUCCAAGUCUCCCACAAAGGGCUGGCUUUAGAUGGAUCUCUUUGGGUGCCAAGUGUACAGUAUGUGCAUGUCAGUCUGCCAUAUGUCCUGGUGGUGUCACUUCCUUAAAUCUGUGUAUUGUUUUUGUGUAUCGGAAGGGGGGGGGGGGGGGGCGCGUUUGUUGACUCUUGUCUUACUCUGUGUGGUGAUUAGUGUUACUUUUGUUUUGUUUUUUUGUGCCUCAUGGCUAAACGAUUCUUGUGCCGUACCCCUAACUUUCUCUUCUCUCUGUUCUGUCUCUCCUCUCUUCGUGUUUUUGUUCCUCUUUUCUUUUGUUGCUUUUUUAGAACAAAUCUCCAUGCCUGUUUGCUCAUCAUUAGCCUAGCAUGUCUUCAUGAUGUUAAAAGCCAAGCCAACUCCCCCCCUUCCCGGCCUCAUCAUCCCACCAUUGUCUGUGAUGUCUCUCUAAGCUCGCCUGACCAAUACCUGGCCACCCACUGACCCUGACCUUAGCUCGACCUGAUUUUUCUGCAUGUAAAUUCAUUCGUUUUCUUGUUUUUUGCUUUUUGUGAGGAAAUGUGACUGGCGCAGAGGUCAAGCAAUCAAUGUGAAAACUGCUUGGAAUUCAUUUAAGAGAGCUUGUUUUCUGUUUUGUUUUGCAAAUGUUUUAAGAACCUGUGGAAUUUCUUAUUUUUAAUUUAGCUUUGUUAUUUUGUUUUAAUGUUUUUCUUUUUACCUCUCAGUAAAGUUUCACUUGAAAGUUAAAUACAGGGAUUGGCACACAGCUGUGCUAUUUGGUGCCAUUAGCAAUAUGUUGGCUUCUUUAAAAAGAAAAAAGGAAAAAGAGAAAAAAAACAAAACAAAGACAGACCACUUUCCAACAUUUUUCAAAGUGACCAGGAAAAUCCCUCUCAGUGAUCUGUGUUGAUCUCUACAUUACGUGGGCUAUGUGAAGACUAAACCAGUAUUUUUUCUUUAAAUUGUUUUUUUUUUUUUUUUUUACAAAUUGCAAAAUUCUCCAGUGUGUUUCCUCAUUUUUCCUUUUAGACUGAUGGCACAAUAAAAGGUACAUUUCCUCUUUGAAGAGAAAUGUUUACCUACAUGAGUCAACUUUUUUAGAACUGAUUCACAAAUAGACAAUCUGUGGUUUAAAUGCACAUUUAGAUUACCUAUAUUUUAUAUCAUUGAAUCUAUAGAGGUUUAACUAACAGAACCCAGGCACAACUUUGGGUUUUUUUUGUAGACUUUAUGUUGUAACGUCAUCUGUGUUGGGAAAGGGGGCGGGGGGUCUUUAGUUUGACAUUUUUAGAGAGGUCUCAAGCUGUUUAAUUUCUAAAUACCUUAAACAAUGGAAAACAAUCCUCUACCAUGAUUGUUUUUUUGUUUUUCAAAUUUUGACUUUUGAUCAAAUAAAAAACACAAAAGAUCCCAUUUUUGAAUGCAAAUGAUUUUCCUGUGUUAAAGAAGUAUUUAGCUUCUACGGUACGCGUUAACUUGCUGUGACUAAUUUAAAACGUCUCACUUUGGGUUCGUUGCCUCAUGAUGAAAGACGAUUUACAUUGUGAAUCCUGUAGAUGCUAGAACUCUGUCAUUGAAGUGCUCACGUGUCAAAUCCUGUUUUUAUUUUGUCUGUGUGUUUGGUUUGGUUUAGGGAUGUAACCAUUUUUUUCUUUCACGUAGAUAGAAAUGCAUAUGCAGCAACACAAACACUUGCAGUGGUUGCAAUUGUGGGAGCCCCUGAAGAAGAGAUCACACACUGUAGGUCUGCAUGUUUUUCACACACAUUUGCUUUCUUUUUAAGUCUUUCUUUUAUUUUUCUCGAAGUGACUUCCUGCGUCAAUUGUACACAUCACAUCGAAAUGACUAAAUCCACCACAGUUGUGUUGGUUUACGAGUACAUUCCAUUAUUCAGCACAAAAGUUUACACGGUUUUUAGCAGGGUGGUAUUUUCUCCACCAUGCGACUUGUUUGUGUGACGACCCUGUUAAAAUACCCACUUCACCCACAACCAAGGGUUCCUAGAAACUGCUCACCUGGUGGCGCUAAAGAGUUGUAAACUCAGGGUGUAUGUGUUUUCUAGUUUUUUGUUUGUGUGUGAAGCCAUUCUCAUACAACUAAACCAAUUUUUGCAGUUUUACACCCAUAUUCAUCUUUUUUAUUUUUAUUUUUUAUUUGUGCUGUUCUCUUAAAAUCCAUAGUUUGGAAGAAAAAAAAAUAUAAAGGUACCAAAUUUGAAACAUUACUGGAGGAAAAUAUUAGUUUUGUAAAGAGUUAAGCACAAUUUGUGGGAGCGAAUCAGUUGCGGAUUGUGGCGUGCGUGGUUUUGAUCCCGGACUUUUCAAGGUACCACAAGAUUUCUCUUUUAAUGUGGGCAUGUGCUUUUUACAGUGUUUUUUCUAUCAAAAUGCAAUACAAUAUUCAAAGUGCCAUAUAUAUAAAUAUAUACGUCUAGAAACUGCCUACACAUUCUUAUUAGGCCUUUGUUUAGAGAUUGCUGCAGUAAAUUUUUUUUCCUUACAUUUUUCUUAAUUUUGUUGGGUCUGUAAAUGCCAAUGUCAUGAAAGCUCUUGUCAACUGCUAAUGUCCCCUUUCUCCCCCUAAUUGUGUUGAGUUAUUGGUAAAUGUGUAAUGUGAUGUACUCCAUUUGAACAGUUGGUUUUAAAAUACUUGUAGAUAAACAAUAAACUUCCCUAUAUAUUUGAAGGUUAAAUGUCUCUCUUAGUGAGUGCACACGCGUGUACUGUAGGUCUUCUCUUGUUUUUUUGAACCAAAUUUUGGGUGUCCCGUGAAGAUCUGGUGGGGUGGGGUGCAAACACAAUUGCAGGUGUAAAUGAAAACGGCUCAUGGUGAGGUUGAAACUAAGAACUAAAAGCACAAUGUACAGUCCUGGCAGGAAGGCGCACUCACUUCAGGGGCUUCCAUCACAAUCCGCUCUAACAAUCACUUAGUGUAGUUCCUCACACUCUGAAGUGCUAUUUUUGACAGUGUGGUAGCUUUGCAUCUCUAUAUAUUGUCUUGAUCUGAACUAAAAAAAAUAACGACUUUAUUUCUUGUCAGAUAAUCAGUAGGACUUUUGUUUUUAUGUUUCACCAAUAAUUAAGUAGAUGUUUUGUCUUAAGGAAAGCCAAAGUGAGUGCAUCUUGAUGUGAUCUGUAUUCUAUAUGGCCUACAAAAUCUGUUUUAGUCUGGGUGGAGUUAGAAUAAAAACAUACACAGGCUCUCAAAUUUCUACAACUUGUUGUUCAUAUGUAUUUUGUACCAGUGAAGCUUUUUAUAUCCAAAACUAAAGGAAAACGAACACAAAAAGAGGUUUAGAAAAAUUUAGUCCUCGCCUUCAGUAGUUCUUUGCUUUAGCCUGUUGUUGGCAUCAGCUUUUUUCUUUUGCUUUUACCUCUAAAAGAUGCCUGAUUUUGAUUUGAAUUUCCGUUGGAUCUCCACGUGUUCCUUACUUAGUUGAUCAGUUUUGGGGAGGGUUGGGAUCCUCUAAAUUGUGGUAAGUUACAUGUUGGUAUUUGUGCUCGCCACUUGAUUUAAAUGGUCAUGAAUCUUUACAACCUGUGUGGAAAAUUGUCUUAGUGUUAAGGUUAAUUUAGUUUGAGCCUUGUUCCCUUUUUAUUUUUAAAUUUCCCAGUUUGAGGUUUUCUGUUGUUUUUUUUCCUCCUCCCAUAAGUGUGUAGCUAAAUGGCUGUGUUCUUUUUGGUCAAUGUUUGUGUGGUGUGUGUGGUUUAUUUCUUUCUUUUGCCUCUGUCUCCAAAUUAAACCAUUUCCCCUAAAAUAAA